AUGGGCUGGACCCUCCCAACCCCCACGCGUCCCCCCUCCGCUCCACCCCCCUACACGCUCCCCUCCCCCGAAACAGACGCCAUCCUCGCCGCAGCAAAAGGCUUCCUCUCAGCGCUGACCUCCAAAUCCGCUGUUGACUUCGAGCGCUACUGCGUGCGCGCCGGCGGCAUGUCGCUGCGGCCGCCGCCCCCCACGUCGCCCCGGUUUUGCACGAUCGGGGCCUUCGUCGAGCAUGUCCUGAAGAUCAAGGACCAUAUCGACGAGCGGAUUUGGGAUCCCGAGGUGAAGGUGCAUGAGUUGGGCGAUAUUGCGUCUGUGUGGGCGCCUUUCAGGGCUAAGGUUAAUGGGGUUGUGGAUCAUGUCGGGGUGGAGCUAUUUGUGUUGCAUAAGAUUGAGGGCGUUUGGAAGGUUACGGGGUUGGCGGAUUCUUGUCGGUGGCCGACUGUUGAGGAGAGGGAGUUGCUUUAG